UGGAACGUUUUCUCUCGAACUGAACUCCAACAAACAAAAAAAUAUUACUUGUGAAAGCAUAGCGCUGUUGUUACAAUUGCGUCUUAUUUUAAUAUCUGUUAAUAUAAUAAUUCAUUUUUAAAGAAACAAACCAUGUGCAUGAACUCUUGAAAGUAAUUGUAUAAUAAUAAUCGAGCAAGAUGGUGUCGACAAGGCAGAUGAGUAGUAUCGGAGGUGGCAAUGGAAGUAACGAUGGUCCUGGGCCAUCUCACGCAGAGCCUGUAACCGUGGCGCGGGUAACACGCCACUCCAGUGCCUUACUCCCUGGGGGCUCUUCGCCACACGGUGUAUCCAAUAAAAAUGUUAUAGUGCCGGCACCUAAGACGUAUUCAACUAAUUUGCUCGAUUUACCUAUCGAAGUUUUAGAAAAAGUAUUUCGCUACUUGGGAUUCAAAAGUGUCUCGCACCUUAGAAUGGUUAAUCGUCAAUUCAACACUGUAUGUAGUAGUAUUCUGAAUUCAACAUUUCAACGGUUACAAAAUCAGAUGCUUCAUAGAUUCCAAGCAAUCAAAGCUAAAAUGCCUCGCAGGGAGUCUGCAAGAAGGAGUCAUCCACUUGCUUGUGAAUCUGAUAUUAUUGAAACCCUGCACAUGAGAUUAAGCUUAUUACAAAUGACAUUUGGCAAACACAUUGAAAGGAAACACUGUUGUUUUUUCCCAGGGGAGAUCCUUGAUGAAGUGUACAGUAUUCUAUCUUAUCUGAAAACAACAACAAAGUUAGCAAGGCCUUAUAAAGUAACAGAUGAGCUUUUUGAUUUAACAACGAUGGCCAUGGAAUAUUUCAAAGAGCAUAUUGAGCCCAACUUGCCUGAAAUAACAUAUUUUGGCACGGAUUUCUUUGAUAUCACAACUGCCUUCUCACCGGGUGAGAGCAGUAAGUCUUACAUUUGCCUGGACUCUCCGCCGCCCAGCGGGUUCGAGUCGUCGUCCCAGCAGGCGGGCGGCGCGUCCACGUCCGAGCGGCGCGUGUCGUCGCUCAACCUGUACAUGGAGGAGAGCCUGCCGCCCUCCCCGCCCCCGCCGCAGAGCAAUAUGGUGUUGAGGAAAAGAAUACACCGUAUUAAGCAAGGCAUGAAGAAGUACAAUGAUCAAUUAUCAGCACUAAGAAGUGAUCUUCGGAGUUGUAAACGUAAGACAGCCCUUCAACAAAAACAAAUAGCGGAACAGCAAAAACAGAUUGCGGAACAACAAAAACAAACGUUAGAGUAUGCUAAUCGGUUAGAUGACUAUGACAAAAAGAAUGAGGAAACGAGUCGGAAAUUUCAAACUUUACUACAGGAGCUGAAUAAGUGCAAGACGGAGCUCCAGUACUGGCGCUCGCGUUCGCCCGCUGUGCCGCCGCUCUGCGCCGAGUGCGGCGCCUCGUUGCGACUCUCGCCGGCGCUGGCACAGUGGGCGGCUGGUUCGAGUGCAGACGCAACCGAGGAGAUGGCGGGCGGCAGCAAGGACUGCGCGGACGCAGACGUUGACACGCCCACGGAGACCAAGCCCGAGCCGCGCGACAGCGACGACACCACGCACACGCCGCCCACGCGCCGUCGCGCGUCCGCCGACGCCACGCCCGACCGCAAAAAGCGCCGCCUCACUAGACCUAGGAAGCUAUGAAAACGACCUGACCACCGACGUCGAGGUAUGCGAUCGCUCACCGGCGACGCUUCGUCGAACUCAUACGCUGCUGUUAGUGUAGAGGGUGUGAAUGUGUAUAAAGAUUGUGUACUUUACAGGAGAGAAUAAAAACUGAUUAUAUUUUCUUUUCUUCUCUCUGCCAAUUCUGGUGACUAAUUUUUAACUUUAUGUUAAAAGCUUCAAAUACAUUGAUUAAAAAUUUACAGAUAUGCGACACUUUACAAUUUUAAAUUGAAGCUUUUUUUAUACACAGUUAUUAUAUUUGCACUAACAGUAGCGAAUGUUUUACUUUAUUUUGGUACAUACUUUAUGUAGUAACGAAUCAAGAAUAAUUGGUAAAAUUUCUUCAGUUUUCUGCAAUGUCAAUUUACUACUCCUUUUCGAAAAUAUUGAAAUACAUAAAAAAUAAAUCGUAUCAUGCUUUGUGUAUCAUCUCAUGUUUUUUUCGUUUCUCAUGUAUCUAAAAUACAUUUGGAAUUUGUCUAAAAAUAAAUGAUAUAUUUAUUCGCUCAAUAAUUAGAUAAAUGUCAAUAUCCUUUUAAUAUCUAUAUUAUUAUAGAAUAUUUUGUUAGAAGUCUGUAUUUGUUUCCUAUAUUUUUUAAACAUAUAAAAUUACUUUUUUGUGACCGUCAAUAUUAAAAGAUUCUUAUUUUAAGAAGUACAGCAGGUGCGGAAAUUAAUUUACUCUUCAGUAUAUAGACCAGAAAGUAACAUUUAAAACAAAUGCAAUAGAAAAAUAGUGUGUUUUAAAAUUAGAACGAAUAUAUAAUAUUUAAAUCUAAUAUAAUGACACAAGGGAUAAUACGGUUUGACUAAAUGUUUAGUGGCCUAUUGGCGUUACAUAAUAUUACAUAAGGCAUGUGUCACUCUACAAUCGCUCCGGAAUUCCGAAAGUGACCACAUACCAUCCGGUGGUUCUGUUUGAUUUUCAAUUUAGUUAAUGGAUCAGAAAUAUUGUAUAGAUUAAACAUAGGUUAUUAUUUGUAGUGCUCUUAAUUCUAUGACUUAAUUUAACGACAUAUUGGUGAAAGUGUUAAAAAGAGAAAAGGUUGUGGUUGUCAAAAUAAUUUUACAUAAAACUUCUAAAAUAUAUUUAAUAUUUGUUCAAGCUUAACAUUUUGAAAUUAUGAUUUUUUUCUUCUACAGAAACCAGUAUAAUGCAUGUCUUCAGCUUAAUGUAAUUUCAUUAACUUAUUGUAGAAAAGAUCACCUGAAAGCACACUACUACAUAUUAAGAAAGCAAUAUCAAACAAAAUAAUUUAUAAAAAUACUUUCGUUAUAUUACCAUGCCGAAUUGCAAAAUAUUAUUUAUUGAAGUUCUAGCACUAAAACAUGCUACAUAAUCAUUUUAUUGAAACUGCGUCUAAAUUAUUAAACUUUAACAAAGAUGGACCGAUAAAAAUAUUACGAACAGUAUUUUCAUUUGUAUAGUAUGAAAAAUCGGAGAUACAAAAUAUAUUCCAAUUAGUUGAAGUUUAAUAUAAUGACAGUAACGGGCUUAGUAAAAUCAUACAUUACUAAAAUGCUAUAUUAAUUUUAUUUAGGUUUGUUAAAAUAAGUUUGCAAUGCUGUUAAAAAAAUUAAACAAUCGGUUUUGUUUUAAUUUUUGAAACACAUUAUAAUAUAAUUUAGUUAAGCUUCGUUUUACAGCCCUAGUUACACCUGUGAAUAGAGUUAUAAGGUGGAAUGUUUUUUAUUUGUAAAUAUUUUUAACAUAAAAUCUCUUGCGUAAUGUACAAAUAAAAUAUAUUUAUGAUUAUAUGAAUAUACAAUUUUAAAGUGAAUAUUUUGUGACAUGGUGUAUAGUUAAAAGGUAAAAGAAAGUAGGUGCCACAUAAAGCUAUUUUCCCAAACAUAUGUGUUAAAUAUAUGCUCGGGCUUCACACAAUUUUUGCAUCAUGUCACUUAUUUCUAAAACAUAUCAAGUUAAAUUCUGAUAUCACUCUCUGUUAAAGUAAUGACUUUGUCAUGCUGGUAUCAAACACGCACAAUUAGUAACAUGUAUAACGAAACAUUGAGUUUAUUAUUAACAUAUGUUUUUUUUUGUGGAUUCACCUUUAAUUUAACUAAUACAUAGCGUUAGAAAAUAUAUUUUUAUAUUUAUCGAUAAUAUAAUUUAAUUGCAGUCCUACGUUGUAUAAUACAUUACAAUUGUAUUAGCGUAAGGCUUAGUAAGACGUCGGUAUAUCUCAUGCAAAAAUCACUUGUGCAAGAUGAGAUGCUUUUUGACAAUAAGAAUGUUCAGUUACCAGCUCUGCCACAGUAGUGAACAUGCCUUAGAAUUUACCUAAUGUUAAUAUUUUAUUUUAAUUUACGACAAGAUAAUGGCAAAGGAGAAAUAUAUUUUUAUGUUUUAUAUGUAAAACUAAAUCGAGGUAAAUUGCAUGCGCGUGUUCAAAGUAUGGCUUGUAGUCGUGUGCUACGUGAAUACCUUUGCCAUUUUAUAUUUUUGUAUAUAGUUACUAUUGUACAUACUAUGUAUGCUGUGUGUAGAACUGUAGAUUGUUUCACAUUGUUAGAGUGAUAAGUCUAAUUUAUAAAGUGAAAAAUAAUAGAUACAUCUAGUAAUACAUAUUAUAUAAAAUUUGUGAAAACACUGAAACAUCGGUUGAUUAUAGAUUCGAGGUAUGAAAUUGUGUUACUUGUGUUUGUAAAAUCAGUUGUAAGUUACAAAUUGUCAUGCUAAAUUAAUUUCUGGUGCAAUAAUAAUGUUGUGUUCUGUGUCUGUUACACUGGGCUCCGACACACUUAGUGUGUCGUUAAAUGUAGAUCAUAACACAUGACAAUCAGCGACAGCAAAGGUUUUCUCUUUGAAAGUAUAUCGAAGAACUAAAUUUACACUGAUUUUGGUCGUAGUAAUUCUACACAAUAUGUAAAGAAUGUCUAUAUUUAUCACAAUUUUUGACAUUGCUAUUAAAAUAUGAUCGUAUUUGGGCUGACUUAAACGAUAGAAUAAUUAUUUAAAAAAUUGCAAAGUAUGUUCUGAAUCAGUUUUUUAAUAAUUAUUGAUUUAAAAUAUUUAAAGAUUAGAAUAAAUAACAGAUUGUUAGCCAUAAUAGAUUAAUUAUUGUUCUUACAGCUGUCAUCUGCAAAUUAUUAGAUACAUUAUUAACAAAUUGAAUAAAAGUUAUUUAUGUAUUACAAAAUCAUUUCUAACAAUACUUUUAUCUUAUAUCAUCGGUAUUAGAACUGGGUGGUUGCAUCGUUGUUUUUAUAUGUAAUUUUUAUAUGGGUCUGUUAAACGCAUAAUAAAUACUUGUCUUUAUUUCGCCAUCGAUUGGUUGCCGCUUAUGGUUACUGCUCCGCUUAUAGUUUAUAAUGCCUUAUUUAAUAACAUAGUACAUGUAAAGCAUACAGAUAAAAUGAUCGGGGUUAUUGACCCGAGAUUAGCCCGGUUUAACCGUACGAACUGCAGCUUUAUAUAGAUAUAGAUAAUUAUGGAUAUUCAUACUUGGUUUGACGGUAAUGAACUAUAGGUAACUAGUAUCGUUUAGCUUAAUAUAAUAAAUGUUUAUAUUUCAAAUCAUUCGGAGCACGUUAACGCUUCGAUCGCCAAUUUCCUAAACUGCACCAAAGAUUCGUUUCAGUAUUUCAUGUCUUGUAACUUACAGAAUAUUGUUUUGUUGCCUUCCUAGUUUUAAAGGCACAGAGUAACGUCACAUAUAAGUAGUCAUAAACAUGACAUCGUUAUUCCAAUGUCUUCAAUUCCAUGAAUUAUUGAUGGGUACCUCAAAGAUCACUUUGUUAUAUCCUCUACCCUUAACACAAGAUUAUUUAAGCGACAAUAAUAUUUAGAUUACUUUUAGAUUUCAAAAUUUUUAUAUUGUGUAUUAAAGGUGAAUGUUACAAAUAUUCGAUUUAAUCAUAAUUUAGCCAAUUUUAGUUUGUCAUGUAUAUAUAUAUUAUAAUAGAAUAAGUAGCCCAUUUGAAAUAAUUUCUGAUGUCGCAAUUAAUUUGCGAGUACGAAUUCGUUACUAAGGUUUUAGAAGUUUAUUAAUAUUCUUCCGUUUAUUUUAUGUUUAUAAUGUGGCUAUUGUGUGAUGUGUAAGUUCUGUAGAGUUCUAUAAAGUUAAAAAUAGAUGUUUAUACAUACAUGUAAAUUAUUCAAAUGUCAACAAAGAUUGUAGACUUUAAAUCAUAAAAACGAUGUUAAAUAAAGUAAGGAGGUAUUACUGAUUGAAUACAUGUUGUGCCUAAAUUAAAUUACAUAGUACUUAACUACGCUUGCUUAGUUCAGCUUAUAAUUGGGUUCAAAAUAUCAACAUAAAAAUAUAAAUUUGUAAACUGAAUUGCUUAUAUUUAUAUUUGCUUCAAUAGUGCAAUACAUGAGUAUUUCCAUUGAAUGGUGUUUUUGUGGCAAAUUUUCGAUUUUUCGAUUAUAAAAUUUCAAAUGCGAUUUUAGGGCUGUAAAAAUAUAGGUUAAAAAUUUCUGUUUUUUUUUUUUUAAAUGUAAGUGCACAGAAAGCAUGGCAAAUAUGUUGUGUUCCGAUAGUGUGUACAACCAGCAAGACUGUCAAUUGCUGUAUAUAUCCUUAUAAUAUACGAUAGUUUUACUAUAAAGUAUUUUUAUUAGACAAAAAUACAAUAAAUGUGUGAAGUCCA